AUGCUCCUGAAGCUGUGCAGAUACUAUUCUCAGGGGUCAGCACAAUUUCAAUGAUUCUGGCCUCUCGGAUGAGCAGGAGAUGCUUGGAUUUGCCGAAGUGGUAAGUUUCGGAUUCCUUCAUUCUCAUGGCUAGGUUGAAGUCGGGCACCUAAGGGGGUAAUACCUAUACAAAGUAUCUAACCUCAACCCGGCCAUGUGGGUAUAGGUAUGGGGAAUAGUAAGCGAUGUUAACAUUGUCAAUUAGUGGCCUGGUGCGAUGUCAGGAAGAAACGCCGCAGCCCAUCAGGUUACCGGUGACACGGUUGUGCUGAUCGUCGAUCAUCGCCAGGGCAAUCUCCGCCGGGUGCUUCAAAGGGCAUUCCGGUCCCUCUGGAGAAUAUCUCCAAGCGACUGGAACAAUGCUACUGAAGCACAGAGGGCAUCGAAGCUUCGGAAUUGUAAGCCUUGCUCCUUACUUUAGUACCUCCUUGUCACUAACGAAACAGGCUCCGACCAUGAACUCGACCCCCUCGGCUAGUACUGUAGCCUACUUCCUCCCAUCUUCGAUCCUCCUCCUCCACCGUUCUCCAUUAUUAUUCCUAUCGUCAUGCUACCAUUGCUUUCCCCUACCUACGGUCUCUUGGCUUCACCAGGCUCCUACUAGGCCCAGGUGCACCCGAGCAGAACGGUCCGGAUGCUCUGGCAUCUUACUGUUGAGAAGGCAGGAUUCGAACCGGUGAUACGAGUUAUCAAAAAUGUUUAUGUGAUAUUUUUAUUGUUCUUUUGUGUUGUGUCAGAUGUUGAGUUAUUACUCGACUAUGGUACUCGAGUACGGUGCAGCCAAAGACCUGAAAAACAUAACACAUUUUUCUCUACCUAGGUAUAUGUCCUAUGUUUACGGCCGAACCUGGUCCGGUAGAACAAAGUUGUGUGAGAGGAGGGGUACUGUCCCGUACAGUACCAGUACUCGAACACAUACAGUAGGUGGAUUCAAAUACCGGCACAGUACCAGACGAGUCCAAUACCCUUGGCGGGGGAUCGACGGGUGCUUUCAGAAGAGAAUUCAGAAUUGGAAUGCCGGUAGUGGUAUCAUACGGUAGAAUUUCUACGGUUCAGAAGGGAAUCCGGCACUGCACCAUUGAGGCACGACUGUGCUCGCCAAAAUCAAGUCUAUCCUCGACCCUUUCCUACGCACAAGCAACGGCUCCACCACACCCCGCUUCCAAGAAUUGCACUUACCUCUCAUAAACCCCUCAACACUACUAGUGACACUGGUUUGUAGAAUAUUUGAUCUACCAGCGGCAGAUAGCUAUCAAUCAACAUAAUUAUCCUGUCGGCAAGGCCGCCACGGGAGAGUGUUGCCACAGGUAACCAUGGCUCGGGGACAGAGUCUUGAUUUUGGCGAGUAGGUACAGUGCAGCAUGAGAGCAUAUCGUGAACCAAUGGAAAGGGAGCGGACGUGCUUGAUGGAUGGUUGUGGACUAUCGCAUUAUAAAUUCACACAGCCAUGGAACACCCACCCCGAUCACCGAUUCUCCAAAGGGUUGCCAUGCUGGAAUUUCCCAAAGAAUUUUUUUUUUUCUGGCUGUGAACUUUACCUCUUCCAAUCAGACUAUCAAUCCAAGUCCCUAUUAUACCUGCCGUGGCGUUGAGAGAAGAAAAGAUGAAAAAAAAGUGAGGAAACUGGAGAACUGGCAGACCGAUAACCUCUGAGAAAGCGAUCGUGUACUGUACAGUGCUCGUUGCGGAACCGGCACUUCCAAUGGCGGCUACGAGUAUGGUGGAGGGAAUUGUCUAUUUUUCAUCUGUUUGAGGCAAAUAGUAUCAUAACGUACCAUAUCUCGGUGAAGGCACUACCGGUAUCAGACGUGGGGGUUCCUCCACAGUUGUGCCAUCACGGCACCUUGUGUCCUACCUUGAUAAUUGUUGGAGUAACACUCGAAUAAUUCCUCCCCACCCUACCCCU